AUGCCCCGCAUAAACUUCUACCUCAUAAUUAUGCUUGGUUUUCUAAUUCCAAUGUCGCGAGCCGAAUGCCUCAGGUUAUGCGAGUGCAAGUGGAAGAGCGGGAAAGAGUCCGUGACCUGUCACAACGCGAAUUUGACGAGCUUACCCCAACGGCUCGACAGCGGUACCCAGGUGCUGGACCUAACCGGCAAUAACUUCGCGUCCAUAAAGCACGAGGAGUUCAGCAAGGCGGGCCUAGUGAACUUGCAGAGGAUCUAUUUCGCCAAAUGCCGAUUAAAAACGAUAGAGCGGUACGCAUUCAACGAUCUCAUCAACCUGGUAGAGUUGGACUUGAGCUAUAACUAUUUAACGAUCGUCCCGUCUCACGCGUUCAGCUCAGUGCCGGAGUUGAGGGAGCUCAAGCUGAGCGGGAACCCGAUACAAAAAAUAUCCAACGACGCGUUUCUGCACACGAACCAGCUGAUUCGUUUGGAAAUGUCGAACUGCAGAAUUAGCGCGAUAGACCCAGGCGCGUUUAGCGGAUUGGCGAAGUCCCUCGAGUGGCUGAAACUGGACAGAAAUAGGCUGGCGGACGUGGACGCCAUGUCGUUCACGUCCCUGGAAAACUUGCACGGUCUUGAACUGAACGGUAACCCGUGGAACUGCUCGUGCGCGCUGCGUCCGCUGCGGGAUUGGAUGCUGCGCAAGAAUGUGCCGUACGAUAUACCGCCCGUCUGUCAUGCGCCGAAGAGGCUCGCUGAGAAACCGUGGGACAAGUUGGACCUAGACGAAUUUGCCUGCGUUCCCGAGAUUUUCGCGUACGAAAGCAAAACUCACGGCACGGAGGGCAAGAACGUGACGAUGACGUGCCGCAUAGAAGGCAUUCCCAAGCCCAGCGUCAAGUGGUUGCUGAAGAACAAAGUGAUCGCGAAUCUGUCUGGUUCGUCGUACGCUAACAAUAAGAAAUUGUACGUCGUGAACUUGACGAAUAAGUCCAGUGAGUUGACGAUCUUCAGUGCGGAUCUGCAAGAUGCCGGUACUUACGUCUGCACCGCCGAGAACAAAGCGGGCAAGGCCGAAGCCAGUGUGACGCUGGCGGUGUCCAGGAAGAGUUCGGAGAACAGCUUGACUCACAAGAUACUAGUGGCCAGUGUGUUGACGGGGUUAGUAUUGGCGUGCGCUUCGUGCGUGACGGCUAUGUGUUUGUGCACGUCGCGUAAAAAGCAGUUGAUGAAAUGGAAGAGGAGUGAGUGCGGCAGAGACGAUAACUACGAGAAAAUCGAACUUAAUCAAAAAGUGAUGGGUAACGUGAACGGUGGCGUGAAAAAAGACGAUUGCGCGGCAACGGUGGGGUCGAGGAAAAACGGCGACUACAGGGUAGUUCCGGGUGGCGACACGGACCACGAAAAUGAAGAGGAGGAGGAGAGUACGUUGGAAGUCGCCACGCCCAGUACGUCUAAUUCGCGCAGGUGCACGGUAGAAGAUUCUGUGCGUAAUCCUUCUUCGCCGGAUGACACGCAGCAAGACGGAUUAAGCAAUCAAAACAGAGACAAUAUCAAGAGGGCCUACAGUUCGACGUUUGGUACAUAUAAACAUCCGAAGAGUGUCGUCGUCUCGGUGAACACGACCAGCACAUCUUACGGCACGAAAAGCAGUCACGAGCUUCCAGCGGUUUUGGAAAAUGACCGUCCGGUUCCCGACGUCAUCGAUCAUAACUAUUCCCUCCUUGGUAAAACGAUCAGCAACCGGAGUGGGACUCUAAGCGAGAACGGCAGUUACGCCGACAUAAACGAACUUUUUUGCACUUUGCCCAGAAAAAAACACUCGAAACUGUAUAAGAGCACGGACAGUCAGUCGCCUCUGCUGACGGAUAGCAGAUACGGAAGCAGUGGCGGCGAGAGCGCCAGCAGCUCGGGCAAUUGUAGCAGACGAAUGUCGAUCGAGUCCCAGAGAUAUCCCGGGACGACAAAUUUAAAUCGGAACAGGGUAAACAAAAUAUCGAACAGUUUCUUAAAUUUAGCGAGAGACGAGAAAUUGAACGCCACUCCUUUGUUGGACGUUAACAGUUUAGAAAGCCGGGUUUUGUACAAAAAGGAAUCGGAUGUUUCCGCUUACUGUUCCGGUUCGAGUUACGAGUAUCACGCGACUCAAUUGGAACGUUUCCUCGAGGAAUAUCGAACGCUGCAGAAACAGCUGACGAUAAUGAAAGAGACCUGCGACAACUUAUGUCAGGAACGGGGAGUGUCUCCCGCUUCCGCGGGCCGCGCCAAUUUAAACGUCGUAUCGCCCAAUUCGAUCGAAGAUUCGGCCGAUUUUAAAAAGUUCGAGAACGAAUUAACCAAAUAUCUGCUUACCAAAAGCUGCUCGACUAAAAACUUCGGCGCAGGCCUGGCGCACAACUAAACGGGUGCCAUUUUUGAUGGUUUUCUGGCUCACCUUACUGUCUGGGUACGGUUUUUACAUAGGAUCCAGUGGCGUAGUCAGUUUUCUUCUGAAACACACUUGUAUAUGUCUAUUAAUAAUUUUGUUGGGCUUGUCGUUAGCUUCAUAUCUCUUCUUUGUUUUCUAUGAGUGGGGCAUCGAAAAUAAACAAAUGACCUAUUUUUCUGCAAGAAGUUGUCCGUUGAUAAUAUGAUAAUAAUAGAAUAUAAUAUGGAGGGUGUCCCGAAAUUAAACAUGAAUAUUUGAACCACGUAUUCUGUGAACCCAAAUAAGGAUAAAAGUUCAUAUCAACUAGGGUUCAAAACGUCCUAGUUUUUAACGUACAGGGUAUUAAAUUUGAAGAAGUGAUGGCGAUUUUUGUA